AUGCCAACAGACGUGGUGGCCGAGGCCAGUGCCGCCGUGCGCGACAAUGGCGCCGUCACGGUUACCACGCAAUCCAGCUCCGACCUCUUCCCCCGGCACGACAAGGAGAGAAGGAAGCGUUUUCGCGAGGCCAAGAAGGCCUAUGGUCGCGGCAAGCAGAUUGACAUUAAGAACGUCCGCGACAAGAAGCUGCGACGAAACCUGAAGGAGCUCGAGAGCAAAUUCCAAGCCGCUGCUGUCAAGGCCAAGGAUGCCGAGAUUUUGCUCGAAAACACAUCUGGCUUCCUUGAGCCCGAAGGCGAAAUGGAAAGGACGUACAAGGUUCGCCAAGAAGACAUUCUCCCCGAGGUAGCGAUGGAAACGGCGACGAAGCGAUUCGAACUCAAGUUGGAUAGCCUUGGCCCCUACGUGUUUGACUACUCGAGGAAUGGAAGAGAAUUGCUCCUCGGUGGACGCAAGGGUCAUGUCGCGACCAUGGACUGGCGAGAGGGUAAGCUUGGCUGCGAAAUUCAGCUUCGAGAGACCGUUCGCGAUGUCAAGUGGCUGCACAACAACCAAUAUUUUGCGGCCGCGCAGAAGAAAUAUGUAUACAUUUACGACCGCAACGGAGUCGAACUGCACUGCUUGCGCAAACACGUUGAACCUACGCAUAUGGAAUUUUUGCCUUACCACUUCCUCUUGGCCACCAUUGGAAAUGGCGGCGUUAUCCGAUACCAAGAUACGUCAACCGGCCAACUCGUCGGAGAAAUGGCAACGAAGCUUGGACAGCCCGUAUCGCUGGGCCAGAACCGUUACAAUGCGAUCAUGCAUGUCGGACACCAGAACGGUGCAGUCACAUUGUGGUCGCCCAACUCGCAAGAGCCACUGGUCAAGCUACUCGCCCACCGAGGCCCGGUGCGUUCACUGGCUAUGGACAGAGUCGGCCGAUACAUGGUGUCAACAGGGCAGGAUCAAAAAAUGGCCGUGUGGGACAUACGAAUGUUCAAGGAGGUCAACAGCUACUUCACCAGACAACCGGCGUCAUCGGUGUCUAUAUCCGAUACCGGUCUCACCGCCGUGGGGUGGGGUACCAGGACGACGAUAUGGAAGGGCCUAUUUGACAGCAACGCCGCUGUGCAAGAAAAAGUACAAAGUCCGUACAUGGCUUGGGGUGGCGAAGGCAGACGCGUUGAGCGCGUGCAGUGGUGCCCGUACGAAGAUGUCCUCGGCCUCGGCCACGACCAGGGCUUCUCCUCCAUCAUCGUCCCCGGCGCCGGCGAGGCCAACUUUGACGCCUUCGAGACCAACCCGUUCGAGACCGCGAAGCAGCGACAAGAGUCCGAAGUCAAGGGCCUGCUCAACAAGCUGGCGCCCGAGAUGAUUGCGCUGGAUCCCCACUUUGUCGGCCAGCUCGACCUGCGCUCAGAUGCCCAGCGCAAGGCCGAGAGGGACCUCGACGCCCCCGCGGUAGACAUUGCCGAGGAGAUUCGCAACCGGGCCCGAGGCAAAAACGGCGCGCUCAAAAAGUACCUGAGAAAGCAGAGGAAGAAGAACAUCAUCGACGAGAAGAGGAUGAAGGUCGACGAGAUAUGGAACGAGCAGCAAAAGCAAAAAGACAAGAAGCGACAGGAAGUCGAACAGGAUCUCGGCCCGGCGCUGGCUCGCUUUGCCCGCAAAGAAUAG